CUGAGACAGAGUGUGACAUCAGAGCUUUAAAUAUUGUCCUUGCUUUUUUUUUUUUUGUUCUUUUUUCUUCGCUGGGCUGAGGGCUUCAAGGAUGAUGUAACACGAUCACGAGAGAGUCUGGGAGUUGGUGCUGGAACAACGCUGAACUAGCCACUGUUCUCCAUCGCAAUAAAGAUACUAAACUAAAGCAUCCGUCCUGGCCUUUUUGCUGACAUCACCAGGACUGUUCUGCCCUUGCCACCUCCGCUUGGAUAUAAAGCUGCCAUACAAGCGAAAACGAAGGCCUCCAGUGGAAAACUUCUGUAGCAAGGAGAGAAAAGUUGAGUGGGUCGCACUGGGACACAGAAGAGAAGCGUAUUCUUUUCAUUUCGCUGCUUUCAAGGAGACUGAAGACCCAAAGGAGACAUCAUGUCCCUCUCGGUACCCCUGAACGGACUAAAGGGCGAUAACGAGCCGGCGAUCGAGCUCUUCGUAAAGGCUGGCAGUGAUGGAGAGAGCAUUGGGAACUGUCCUUUCUCGCAGAGGCUCUUCAUGAUUCUGUGGCUGAAAGGAGUUGUUUUUAAUGUCACCACCGUUGACCUCAAGAGGAAACCAGCUGACCUGCAGAAUCUUGCCCCAGGGACCCAUCCACCUUUCAUCACUUUCAAUGGUGAAGUGAAGACAGAUGUCAAUAAAAUCGAAGAGUUCCUCGAGGAUGUGCUCUGCCCACCCAAGUACAUGAAGCUUGCUGCCAAGCAUCCAGAAUCCAAUACAGCUGGAAUGGACAUCUUUGCCAAGUUCUCUGCCUUUAUUAAGAACUCUAAACCAGAUGCAAACGAAGGACUGGAGCGAGGAUUACUAAAGACACUCCAAAAGCUUGAUGAGUACUUAACCUCUCCACUUCCAGAUGAGAUUGAUGAAAACAGCAUGGAGGAUCUGAAAUACUCAAACAGGAAAUUCCUUGAUGGUGAUGAGAUGACAUUAGCUGACUGCAAUUUACUGCCAAAACUCCACAUUGUGAAGAUUGUAGCCAAGAAAUAUCGUGGCUUUGAAAUUCCUAAGGACAUGGAAGGAAUUUGGAAAUAUCUGGGCAAUGCAUAUGCCCGUGAAGAAUUCACCAACACCUGCCCCAGCGACAAAGAGAUUGAAAUUGCCUAUGCGGAUGUAGCCAAGAGGUUAACCAAGUAGCCACCAGCCUAAUCUACAGACACAAAACCAUUUGGCAGCAGAACUGUUAACUGAACACACGUUUUAUUUACAGCAUUUGCCUUUUUCAUUUAGAAACAAUAUAUAUAUAUAUAUAUAUAUAUAUAUGUGUGUGUGUGUGUGUGUAUGUAUUGCAUGAUUUCUAUGUUUUGCCAUUAACUGAAUUGAAGUGACAGAAAAGUUUCUUUUAUGGUUAAUGAUUUGCAUACUAAAGGGAGUCUCGUGUUCAGCCAUGCAGUCAUGCAAGUCCUAUCACAGGUCAGACCAGAUUAGGGUUUGGUGUGCACAUUUGGUGCUUAUGAAUGAGUGAGAUGUCAUGACACAGUUUUAAUCAUUUAAAUUACUGGUUUAGUGAGGCAAAAACAUGAAAAAAAUGACAAGCAAUUCCAAUAGCAAUGACAGAUAGAAAUGAGAAGGUGAUGUGCAGCAAGAAGAAAUCAAACUGAGGGCAGACGUCUGAGAGUGUGUGUGCUGAAUGAAGGUGGCCUGGGAAAUAAAGAGCAGGCGCUACACUAAGGCAAGGCGGAGAUGGCUUACUUUAUUUGUGGACUGCAGAAUGUAUACAUCUUUGGUUAGUUUGGGCAAAAUAUGUUAAGUGACAGCUUAGUUUUGUUUCUUUUUAAGCUUUUUGUUUUACUAGCUUUUAAACUGGGUUAAGCCUUUUUAUAACACAGAAAGCUAGAAGCCUACAUCACUGUGCAUUAACAAAGAAAGGGUUAAACGAAGCUUCAUUUUUGGGAGAAUUUCAGUGUCUCUGGAGAGGAGUUCAUUUUUCAAGAGCUGUGUGUGACCCUGACUGGGAUGGUGUAGCCCUUUGGUCAGUGCCUUCUUCUUGCUAUCAAUGACUGCUCUUCCAUCAGCAACCUAGUAGACACUUUUUAUAUUUAGGUGAUGCUGACAAGUAUUUUUGUUUUAUAAUCUUGGUGGCUACAAAUAAAGCAUUCAGUCAUCUCAUAAACCAAAAUAUACGUUAUUUACAAAAAGCUUUAUUGCAAAACCAUAUAGAAACUGAUGUUUGUAAAUGUAAGCUAUACUUUUAAUGCAGAGAAGGUUAGUUUAUUAAACAACAGCAGAUAGCCUGUCAUGCAAGAAGCCAAGCCUUGCAUUUAUUCGCCAAAGAAGUGACACGUUUCAGUGGCUGAUGUUGCUCCAUCUAGAACUAUAGAAUCACAUAUCUUUUAGCAUCCAUAAAAAAAAUCUUACUUUAUCCUGCAAGAAUUGUUACGAUAAAAUAAAGGUGUUUUAUAUCUGUUGUAGUCGUUAGACGACAGUGAUUUGUCAGCUAAUUUCAUCAUAUCGGUUAUUUUAACUCUUUAGAUUUGCAAAUUCCUAAACUUUCAAUUUUAUGAAUUUUUAUUUUUAUAAUUUUUUUUUUCAUUUUAAAUGUUUAAUAUUUGUACUGUAUGAAUGCAUCUUAAGAGGAACUGUAAAUAAAAUGUAUGACCUUAAGUGUUGUUUUCCAACAAACCACCUUAGCUCUCCGAAACAUUCUGGAGACCCCUCGACAGUGUUUAGUGUCGCGUUAAGCUCACUUUUGUGCAGUUUGACAUCUGACACGUUCAUGUGGUCACUAAGUUAGAACAGAAACUGUAAUCAGAACGUUCUACAUAUAUCUGAAGACUGAGCUUCAUUACAAUUUGAUCUUUGCUUCUCAAAUCAGUUCUCCAAAUUCAGUGCACAUCCAACACAAAUUUACAGGCUCAGUUAUCGAUUUUUUAAACAGUGUGUCGAAUUUAAGAAAUGUGUUCCUUGGAUUUAUUUUUCUCAGCGCUUUUUCAUUUGGAUUUAAUUUGUGAAUGUUUCCACAGUGUAAAGCUGGGAUAUGAGAUGUAACUAUUUGGCAAUAUAGAAGUGAGAUUGUCUCAUUUAUGUAGAUGAAAUGCACUGUUUUUGUUUGUUUUUAUCUUUCCCUGUUUCAAUAAAAUCAAAGAAGCCUUACACUAUA